AUGUCGUCCACCCGACGGGAAACGUUGCCCCUCAAGGAGAGGAUCGUGGCCUUACUUACUCCUUCGGCAACUGGAUCUUCCACUGAUCAAGAACCCUCCUCAAUGGACACAUCACCUGAUUACCCGACGGAACGUCUAGAACAAGUAGAACAAGGAGGAGCUGGAGCUACUUUGUCCAACGCUACGCCUUCUAAUGUAGCGGUUUCUUUUCCAAUUCCUCCACCCGGACCUGCCGCAGAUGAACACGGUGCACGUACAGCCUCCAUUGCUCCCUCUGUUUCUCAGCCCACCAAUGGCGCUAGUUUGACCAAUCAGGUUCCUGUAAAUGCGGUUAUUCUCUUACCACCCCGGCUUGCUGCAGAUGACCAGGGAGCCCAAGGAUCUUCAGUCCCAAAUCGUGUUGCUCCCUCUGUUUCUCAGCCCAGCAAUGGCGCUAGUUUGACCAAUCAAGCUCCUGUAAAUGCGGUUACUCUCUUACCACCCCGGCUUGCUGCAGAUGACCAGGGAGCCCAAGGAUCUUCCGUCCCAGAUCGUGUUGCUCCCUCUGUUUCUCAGCCCACCAACGGCGCUAGUUCGAUCGAUCAGGCGCCUUUCCGGUUUGCUACAGAUGUUCGGGGUGCCCAAGGAUCCUCCAUUGCGAAUAGUGUCUCUCGGCCAUCCGCUGGACAUAUCCCACGGAUUGGGUCUUCCGACGUGCUUUUUCCUGGACAUUUCCGACAGAACGAGUCUUCCGCCAACACUAAUCCUCCUCCGAACCCUGAAACGUCUAUGGACAUUGAUCCUACACUACCUACGUCGUCAAAUCCCAGUAGCACCUCUACAUUUCCACGGUUUUUUAUACCCGUUUUGUCUGGAAAUUUGUUCAAUUUCACUAGAAGUGAUCCGAACCAGUCUAACCAGUCUAAGGCGAAGAAACGACGAGCUGCACCGGAAGACCAUACCACCAAAGUCCAAGUCAUCGAACAGAAAGACGUCGACAUCGCAGAGCUGAGCAAGCAACAGGCACGUUACCCAAAAUCUACUUUUCUUAUCAAGCAGAGGGAAGAGGUGCUCAAGAAAAUCAUUGAUGAUGAACGAGCGGAACUAACUAAGUCGAAGAAUGCCAUCAAAAAUGCUGAAAAGAAAGCAGAAAGGAGCAAAAAGGAGGUAGAGGCUGUACGUUCGCAGUAUACCAAGCUGUCGAAGGCAAUGCGGACGGAGAAGGAGAGCUCCAAAGGGCUUGAAGAAACUGUUAAAACUCAACAAGGCGACCUCUCGUCAGCGUUGAUCAAACUUCGGCGUGCAGAGUCCUUAUCUAAAGCAUACGACCGCCAGCGUCUUGAAGCUCAGGAGCGUCACGAGAAAACGAAUGCCGAUCUCGAAGCUGCGGUUGCUUCGCGAGGUCAACAACUCUUCGCACAAAUCUCAGAUUUAGAAAACGACAUCGCUCGUCUGCAGCAAGAGAAAUCCAGCGAAGUCAGUACGUUACAGCGGCAGCUCCAGCAAGCAAAUUCGAGGAUUGAAGAUUUAAGUGCCUCACAAAAUACAGCGGCCCUUGCACAGGAACAAAUUAGCUCUCUUCAGCAACAGCUCCGGGACGCGAAUUCGACAAUUGAAAAUCUCAACGCAUCGCAACGUGCAGCAGCAACGUUACAGCAGCAGCUCCAGCAAGCAAAUUCGAGGAUUGAAGAUUUAAGUGCCUCACAAAAUACGGCGGCCCUUGCACAGGAACAAAUUAACUCUCUUCAGCAACAGCUCCGGGACGCGAAUUCGACAAUUGAAAAUCUCAACGCAUCGCAACGUGCAGCAGCAACGUUACAGCAGCAGCUCCAGGCAGCAAAUUCGAGGAUUGAAAGUUUAAGUGCCUCACAAAAUACGGCGGCCCUUGCACAGGAACAAAUUAACUCUCUUCAGCAACAGCUCCGGGACGCGAAUUCGACAAUUGCAAAUCUCAACACAUCGCAAAGUGCAGCACACGCACAGGACCAAAUCAAUGCUCUCCAACAACAGCUAGAGCGCGCAAACACGACACGUGUGGAAGAUCAACAAACUAUCACGGGCCUCAAUGAACGGUUGCGUGUUGCGUCAAACGAGAUAACCCGCCUUACAGCACAAUUACAAAACCAGCGAGAGGAGUCGCAGAAACAGUAUCAUGCGCUCGAACGCGAUCUCAAGUCCCAAAUGGAUCUCCAUCAACAAAAAUCAGCGGACGCCGAGAACGCUCUGAAAGCAGAGCAAACUAACCGAAUGGCCGAGAUGAAUCAAAUGAAGGCCACUUACGAGGAUACGGUGUCCAGCCUGCGUCUCCAAGUUUCCAAUCUGGCACAACAAUGUCAGGCAAAUCAAGGUCGCUUGAACGAGCUGGAAUCAAGCAAUACCGAAUUCGGUAACACGACAAGUGCGUUGGAGGACAUAUUAAAGAACGAACGAAUUAAGAAUGAAGUAAAUCUGUUCCCCUCCUUGUCAAUCUUCGAUUCUGAUCACACCUCCAAGGUUUUGCAGGCUCGCAUUAAUUCAGUUAUGAAGAACAGAACUCACAAUACUGAGGAUGAUUAUGAACCAACGGAAAUUAGGAGGUUGGAUGCCCGGCGGAGGCUGAUUGGGAUCAACAAGCGCAAUGCCGGGUUUUCUAUACAUUCACGAGUACGCAAUAAUAUUGCCCAGCGCGGACAAUCAGCUGUUCCACCGUCAAAUCCUCCUCAAAAUGAAGCCUCGAGGGAUGAAGAUGACGAAAUGGUAGAUAGUUCUCCGCUCCGGAAUUCGCCUCGAGCUCCCAAUUCGUCACCCCCGCUGGACUCAGACGACGAACAUAUGGAAGAUGGGACAACACACCAAAGACCUGUUCCAAGAUCAGCAUCACCUCGGCGAUAUAUAAUUCCGGGUUUUUUUCCUACAAGAUAUACCACAAUUCCACCAUCUCAAAGACGCAGGGAUUCUAACCGCGCGACCCCUAUCCCUCCUACAGGUCAGUCAGCAACAGAGCGAUACUUUGCCGCUGCUAUGCAACGGCUAGGGCGCCUUCCCGCUUCAAACUCUACCAUAGCGCCUACCUCUGCUACCUCUGCGGUGAAUGAUCCUUACCGUGCUGCCUAUCAAGCUCGUCAUGCGACCCGCCCUACUGUCAGUCCUGUCGUUGAUCGUACAGUUCCAGCGAUGCCUACCACGCCAACCACGCCAAGACAUUCGGCCUCCGAAGUGCGAACGUCUAACACAUCUGUCCCUCCCAACUCCUCAACUGCAAAUCCUCAACUCGCUGCCUAUCAAGUGCGUCAUGCAAAUCGCUCUGGUGCCAGUACAAAUCCUCAACUCGCUGCCUAUCAAGCUCGGCACGCAGAACGCUCUGGUGCCAGUGCCCAGCGCGCAAAAUCUCCUGCCACUGCUCAGCCGGCUCCUCCGAUGGCCAACACGCCAAGGCAUCCGACUUCGACCGUUACGGCUCCCAAUAUGCCUUCAGACGAUGAUCAGCACCCUUCGCCACGACCCAAUACCGAUAACAUGCUGAUUGAAUGUAUACAAACUAUGACUGCCAGUGUCAACGGCUUGCGGGAUGAUUUGGCAAACGGAAGAGGACCCAGAGUACGUCAGACGCCUACGAAAGUCAAGUCUCCCUUCAAAGAGAAGGCUCCAGCUAGGCCUCGUACAAUUGACCGCACACAGUUGACGCAAGCAGUGCGCCUACAUCUGCGCAAAUGUCUCGAUCUCCCUGCAGAUCAUCGUGACAGCCAAAUCUACUCCGAUCUUGAUAAUAUUCACAUCGCCGACGAGGUUGAAGUGGAUCGUUUAGAGCGCCGACGACGAGAUCCUCCGACGAUGACACCUUUCCAGUUGUAUUUUGACAGAGUCAACACACAAUGGAACCGUCACAUGGCAAACCUCUUUGCAGAUUCUUUAGUGCGACAAUAUCCAGAAUAUCGGGGGCAAGAGGAAGAAAUUGAACAAUGUUUCCUUCGGCGUCUCACUACUCUAAGGGAUUACAUGUCCAACGCCAUGCCACGGGGGGAUGAAACUGAACAGGAUGCGGGAAAUAGACUGUUGAUGGAGAAAGAGGGACGCGACCGGUUUAAGCGGGUUCGUCGUCGUCAGACUAAACUGUAUGAGACCCGUGUUGAUAGUGCUCAACAGGCGAACAUGCCAAAUCAUGCGCGGACCAUUGUGACGCUAGGAGAUGAUGGGAUGAGUUCCGACGAGAGCGAUUCUGAAGAGCGCGGAAUCCGAAGCGUUAGGAUAUUAUAUUGGCGAAAUCCACGGCUACUGAACACCGUGACGGAUGCCGAUAAUGCUUUGCCAGCCACGACUGCAUAUGGUGGUAGGCGCCCCGGAGGUCAACCUGAUGUCCGUCAGCGGUUAAGGCAAGGGCAAAAUUACAGUACGAGGCCUGCCCCAACUAGACUCCCCAUAAACUACUACAAUCCGGUCUGGUUGAAUACUUUAUCCGACCUUGAACUACGAUUGCUAGACCCCCAGGCCGCUCAACCAUUUCCAGGGGAGGACGACGAGGUGAAUCCUGCAAUCUAUACCUAA